AUUUCGCUUUUGCGGCCGCAAAAAUCGGCCUAAACGCAGGCGCGCGCGCUCCGCUGGCCCAUUUGACGCACGCAUCGCCUCUACAGAGCCCCGGCGCUAACUCUCAGAACCGCAGAAAGCGUCGCGCGUCAGAUCUGAGCCAACAUGAGCUUCCUUGCCGCUAGAAGCGCUGCCCUGCUGAGGCGAGGCGCCGCGCCGCUGGGCCGGCGGAUGAUGUCCGGCGACGCCGCCGAAGCGGCCAUCGAGAUGGCCAAGUGGACCAAGUAUUCGUAUGGCGCGAUCGCCUUCUGCGGCGUGCUGUCGACGUACAUCGGCAUCGUGAGUACCGUGCGGAAAUCAACCAGGAGGCCCCACGCCAUCGAGCAGCCGCAGGGACGACAUGACAUCAUGACAUUUGAUUCCUACGCAGGUCGAGUACCGCCACAUGAUGCACCCCCACGAGCACGAGGACAUCGCCUACAGCCACAUGAAGAUCCGCGCGAAGCCGUACCCCUGGGACUGCCCGGACUGCAAUUUAUUCGAAGCUCAAUGCUUCCGCGACUGCAAGGCCGCGGCGAAGGAGUAGAUUCCCUGC